ACUUCUUCUCCCCGCGUGUUAAAAAUCUAAUAACAUUAAAAGCCUGGACCCCGUGCCUUUUUUUUCCCUCUCCUGCGAGCAACACUGGCGAGUCGGCGAGACCGAAACUCCACGAUUUGCCAUAUUUCGACGCCCUCGGACAACAUGGAGAGGAAGUGGUGCUGAGAACAAUCUGAAGCCCAUUGUGGUAGUUGGCAUCAUCAGAACUCCCCGCCCCUCAGGACUUUGAGCUGAACUCUGAUUGGAGGAAUGAAGUGCCAAUCUACUCAACUCAAGUGACUGGGCGAGGAGACUCCAGUGGUGACAUCCUUAGGAGCCUGAGAUCAAAGGUGAGGAGGCUGUUUUACUACUGCUGGAACUGGAGAUUGCUUUGAAUAAGCAAGUCCUUGUUGAAGAUUUUUAAGUCAUGAUGCAAGACUCUGGCACUGAAACGACGAGUAAUGGAGCAGCCAAUCAGAAUGGAGGUGCAAACAUGGAGGGUGCACACCGGGAGGGAAGGCCCAAAAGUGCCACACCGUCAGUGGAGGUGACUGCUGCGGACCUCCUGCAUCUCCAGCAGCACCAGACCUUCCAAGUGGCUCGGCAAAUUCUCCUCCAGCAGCAUCAGCAGCACCAGCAGCAGCAGCAGUCCCAGUCGCAGCAGCUGCAGUCUCAACAAGACGCUGGACGCAAAUCCCCCAAAGCCAGUGACAAGCAGCAGAGCCUACAGGUUCCAGUGUCAGUGGCUAUGAUGACACCUCAAGUGAUAACUCCACAGCAAAUGCAGCAGAUUCUCCAGCAGCAAGUCCUGAGCCCGCAGCAGCUCCAGGUCCUCCUCCAGCAGCAGCAGGCCCUCAUGUUACAGCAGCAGCAACUUCAAGAGUUCUACAAAAAGCAGCAGGAACAGCUCCACCUUCAGCUCCUCCAGCAGCAGCAACAUGCAGGCAGCAAGCAGAGCAAAGAGCAGCAGGUGUCAGCGCAGCAGUUGGCCUUCCAGCAGCAGCUCCUGCAGGUCCAGCAGGUCCAGCAGCAACACCUGCUCAACCUUCAGAGACAAGGGCUGCUCACCAUCCAGCCAGGACAGGCCGGCCUGCCGCUGCACUCGCUCACUCAGGGCAUGAUUCCAGCAGAGCUGCAACAACUGUGGAAAGAGGUGACGAACGCCCACGUGAAGGAGGAGCACAACAGCAGCAACAAUGGGCACCGGGGCCUCGACCUGUCCUCCCCAGCGCCGCCAAAGAACCCGGUCCUCAACCAGCACGCCUCCACCAACGGGCAGUACAUGAGUCACAAAAGAGACGGAUUGAUGCUGGAAGAGCAUUCCCCUCACAGUCACCCUCUUUACGGCCACGGCGUCUGCAAGUGGCCUGGGUGUGAGGCUGUUUUUGAUGAUUUCCAGUCAUUCCUCAAGCAUCUCAACAAUGAGCAUGCCCUGGACGACAGGAGCACGGCCCAGUGUCGGGUGCAAAUGCAGGUCGUCCAGCAGCUGGAGCUGCAGCUAGCGAAAGACAAAGAGCGUCUGCAAGCCAUGAUGACGCAUCUUCAUGUCAAGUCCACAGAGCCCAAAGCCACCCCGCAGCCGCUCAACCUCGUGUCCAACGUCACAUUGUCAAAGUCGGCGCCCGAUGCCUCUCCUCCUCUGAGCCUCCCACAGACCCCCACCACACCUACAGCGCCCCUCACACCCCUCUCCCAUACCCACUCCGUCAUCCACAGUGUGGGGCCGAUGCGACGGCGCUACUCAGAAAAGUACAACAUGCCCAUCUCUCCAGAUAUCAGUCAGAACAAAGAGUUUUACAUGAAUGCAGAUGUCAGGCCACCUUUCACCUAUGCCUCACUAAUAAGACAGGCAAUACUCGAAUCCCCGGAAAAGCAGCUAACACUAAACGAAAUCUACAACUGGUUCACACGAAUGUUUGCAUAUUUUAGGCGCAACGCCGCAACAUGGAAGAAUGCAGUCCGGCAUAAUCUUAGCCUUCACAAGUGUUUUGUGCGAGUAGAAAACGUAAAAGGGGCUGUGUGGACAGUCGACGAAAUAGAGUUCCAAAAGAGACGGCCUCAAAAGAUCAGUGGAAGUCCAGCCCUAGUGAAGAACAUUCAGACCAGCCUGGGCUAUGGUCCAACUCUCUCUGCCGCCUUCCAGGCUUCAAUGGCAGAAAACAACAUACCUCUAUACACUACUGCUUCCAUUGGAAGUCCCACACUCAACUCCCUGGCGAACGCCAUCCGCGAGGAGAUGAAUGGAGCGAUGGACCAUGGAAACAGCAACGGGAGUGACAGCAGCCCGGGACGCUCGCCCCUGCCAGCUAUGCAUCACAUCAGCGUUAAGGAGGAACCACUGGACCCUGAAGACCAUGACGGACCCCUCUCUCUGGUCACGACUGCUAAUCACAGUCCGGAUUUUGACCACCACCGAGAUUAUGACGACGACGUGGGCCAUGACGACAUGCUGUAAGGCCAAGACGAUGUGAAUCUUCUGGGAGACAUAAACACCGGACUGCAGUCUCAGCCUGUCAAAUGUCUCCAAGCGGACGUUUUAGUGCCAUUACAAAACACAACAAGAACUGAAAGGGGAAGAAAACAGAAUAAACCCCAAUAAAGGGAGGGGGAGGGGGGCCUUUUGAUUUCAGAUUGCUUUCUACCUUUGAUUUCAGUAAACGCUUAAAAAGUGAAAACAAACUUCAUUUGUACUCGUGUCGAACAGAUCUGUUUGGUACCGUGGUGGGGGCAACGUGUUUAAGUUUGGACCCUCGCUGCGCAGCCACAAUGGACUGCACUCAGCGGACUGCGAGAGGGCCUCUGUACACCCCCCACCCAUCCUGCCACCCCACUCUCUCAGACACACAUAUGUGACCAUAAACUGAAGAGAAAGAUAAAGACAUUUAAUUUACACGAUGUGUGUGUAUGUGCGUGUGUGUGAGGGUGAGCGAAUGAGUUCAUUGUCACUGCCUUCAACACUUCUUGGUUUGAUUCCAUCAAAGGUGGGAGGGACCUUUUUUUUGUUUUUUUGUUUUUUUUUGGGGGGGGGGGGGGGGGGGGGGUUCUCUUUUGUUUUUUCUAAGAGGAGGGGUCCUAAAAUAUCAACCUGAUGUGUCCUCUCCAUUAUUCAAUGCUGUGUCACAUGUUGCAUCUUUAUUUGUGAUUAUUUCUUGAAACUGAUCAGACCUCAUGCCCAUGCUGUGGAGAUUCUGUGCGGUCGCCACUUGAUGAUGAAUGUUUAUGAUUUCCUCGCAUGCUGUUCAUUUAAAAGUACACACACACAUGAAGCAGAAUGUCAGAUACCAAGUAGUAUUUUUCUGUCAUUUAUUCCACUUUCUUUCCAAACAAAAAAAAAGAAGAAAAAGCACCCUCCUCUGCGCCUCUCUCCCUCCUGCUCGUGAAGUCCAUUGGCAAUGCACUACUCGUAAUGAAGGCACUCUCCACGCAUCAAUGAAGUCUAAUUUAAGAUGCGAAUGAAUGACAGAGAAAUCAUGCAGGUUAUGAUUUAUCCUUAUAAAAUUAUUCUUUAAAACAGCCCCUCACGGCAGAGCGUGCUGAGCCGCAACACAAUUUCUGAUCACUUACAAGCUCUGGGUUUUUUAAAGCCAAAUGAAAAUGUCAGGUGUGCACAGGAAAGAUAAUGAUUUAGACCAACUAAUUGUGAUUCCAGAACAGAGCCGUCAUUGUUAAUCAAACGAGUCUGCUUCCCCGGGCCGUUAUUUCAUGCGGCGCUUGAAGAUAAAGCCGCGUUCCCUGUAGUUUUUAUUUAUAUCAUGCGCAUGACUAGUUUGGAGUUUUGAGCAUUAAUAACAUAGACCCCGGAUUGAACGCAGAGGGAACAACCCUGGCGCCAGCAAACAUUUUACAUUCCAGCAACUGACAGCAAAUAUCAAACUGUACGCCGAUGACUGUCUGUUCAGUGUAGCCCCUAAAGUAAGAAUUAGUGGAUUUGGGAUGCAGCAAAAAGAAUUCCCAGUUUUCCAGGAGACCAUUUAUUUCAAGACUGCAAUCAACCACUUUAAAUAUUUUAUUUAUUGUUAGUUUUAGGUUUAUUUUGUGUUACUUCUGCCUUUUUCUUGGUCAGUAUGUUUUAAUAUCUUGUCGUGCAACUACCAAAGAUAAACUACAAAGUCAAUGUUGUGUGUUCCAUGUAGGCAUAGGCCGGUUACCAGUGUCAACUUGUACCAAGGUUUCAAAAGCCAAUUUAUUUCUCAGACACGCCAUUUCUAUGAUUUAGAGUUAUGAUAAUGAAAUAUUGAAGAAAGUCCAAGAGAGAGUCACUAGAGGUGUUUCUAUGGCUGCAUGAAGCAGAAAGUGGUGCCCCUCCCCCAUCGGCUCUUACACACUGCUGGGAAGCUGGCUGAAAUAAGGCUAGAACACAUUUCUCAUAUGCGCAAAAGACAAAUUUGACUGUUUGGAAAUAUUUGGAAGAUUUUUGCUUUUUAGUUUUAAAUUACAGCAAUUAAAUUAUGUCUGACAUUUUUGCCUGAAUUCCAGGAUACUGGAAACUUGGUAUUUCCACUCAAUGUUAUCACAGCGUGAGAGUCUCAUAUGGCCCAUAUUUCAAUGCAAUAGUAAAUAAGGCCAAAUAUCUCCAUCCUCUCUGCCAUCUGACCAUCUCAGCAGUGCUGCCAAAUGGAAUCACAAGAAAAUGCUCCUCAAAGUGGUGUUUUUUUAUACUUUUUUAUUAUUAUUAUUUUAAACCAAAGGGUUUUAUUAAAACAGGAGAGCUGCGGUGAAGCUUUGCAGUGACCAAAACCGAACAGGAGGAGCUGACAGGCUGACUACAUGAUGACCAAAUCAGAGAAAUUGUUCGUCUUGGGGGCCAGUGAGUGAAAACAAAACUAAAGGGGUUAGAUCUUUGGUUGGGAGCAGGUUUGUGUGCUGAAAAAUAAAAGCUUAUGACAAAAAGUAUACUGGUCAAUGGAAAAACAAUGUGAACCAAAUCAUGUGCUUCAACUAGAUCACACAAUGAUUCUCUUCUUUUAUUCCUUCGUCUCUUUGUAUCUUUUAAAAUGAUUGUAUACCCCUUUCACGUUAUUUUUGGUCAAGACUUUAUGAUUGUGUUUAGUUUCUGUCAACUUUUUGCUUUUUAUAUUAAAAAAACACUCCUGUCAACUAAUAAGCUGGGUACAAGGUACUUUAUGGCAGUCAUUGCUUUUGUCCUGUUUAAGGUCACUGCUCAUUAACUAAAAAGGAGAUGGCUGGUCUGCGGCUUUCCAGAAGAUGUAUUUAAUAUCCAGGCAGCUGUGGGACGGGUCAGUUCCAGCCGGGCUGGGAUCGUGAGAACAGGGCCAAGCUCAUCCACAAAGCCUCGGCCGUCGAGCCUGUUUGUUUGGUAUGCGUAAAAAGGAGGGAAAAGGCACUGGUAGAUUAGAUCACUCUCAGCAUGUGUAACUUGACAGUACUAAAGAUAACAGCAUGAGAAAACGGUUAGGACGCAUACCUCGACUCAAACCUAUAGGGAAUGAUUCAGUUCAGUGAGAAAAAUAAACAUUUCACUUGGUUGCACUUAGCUGUGCGGCUUGCAUGUGUCGGAAGAAAAUGACUAAAAGAGCUUCUCCAUCAAACUGACAGUUCUCUGGCCUUUUUAAAAAAUCUGAUUUAAUGUGAAGGUAUCACCCAGCUGUGUGUGGGACCGAUCGUCCUGUCCAUGAGGCUUUUCCUCCUAGGUGCUGAUGGGUUGUUUUAAGGGAGCUCCAACUUCAGAUUGUUCUUUUCUCCCCCUCUCUUAAGAUCACAUCCGUUUGCUUCAUCGCAUCUGCUUUGUAUUCAGUAUGAAAUAGUGAAACCUGCUGUAUGUAUCUGAAUAGCAAAUUGCUGCAAAUGUAUUUUAAUUAGUAAUCCUUGCUUUACAACAAAAUAAAAAGGAAAAAGAAUCCUACCGGGUGGGAAUGCGGUGGUGGGUGGUUUGUCCCAGAUUUUGGAUUUUAAACUGUAUUAUAGGAAACAGAUUUUUCUCUGUUAUUACUGACCUGAGCAUUUUGUACAGAUUUCUUUCCUUGUUUGUGUUAAGCUGUUUUUUUGAUACUUCCUUUUGAUGGUCCAACCACGGCCUGCUGUGGCUGUACGACCUGCUCACAGGCAGGUGUAUUUCUGCUCCAAGACGGAGGUACAUUGCAUGACUAAUCCCAGGGUCACACAGAAUGUGGGGUGGGGGGGUCUUGAGAAGUGCUCGGUAAUACUAUAAGGGUAUAUCAAUCUAAUAAUAUUUUAUAUGAAAUUAGGUAAAAGGAAGAAAAAUAUGCAGUGCCAAGGUGUAAAAAAUGUUGUUAAAAGCUCUUUUCUCCCCAGUUUCAUGAUUCUUUUUCACCAUCACAUCAAAGAUGUGUCCUCACCCAUGUCAUGUAGAUCAAACACACUUUUUGUUAGAUUCCUUUCCCUGACAUGAUCAUUGUCAGAGUCAAACCAAGCACAGCAAGUGGGUCACAGGCUUUAGUCUGCUGGAGUGUAACGCCCUGCAAACUGCAGAUCUCCUAAAUAUCUCUCUCUCUCUCUCUCACACACACACACACACUAAAAAUGCCAUCGCUUCAUCCAUCACCAACAUCCAGCCUGCCAUCAUUCCGACCCCCUCUUUUCUCCAGCUCUCACAUCACACUUUUGUUUCUUUUAAGACGGAGAGAAAGGGAAGAGCGGGGAUGGGGGGUGGGCGUGCCUGCAGCCCAGGAGCUGUCACAGGGCUCUCAUCCUGCAGAAGCUUUUCAGUUUGUUUUCGUGUUUCCUUUUAGAAUGUUCUCUGUAGUUUUGCUUUUUUUUCCCUCCUAUGUUGUUUUUUUAAUAGAUAAAUAUGAUUACACAUCACUUCCAUGAGUCUGUAACCUCAUCAUUUGUUGUCUGCUGGAUGCAGACCACUCUGUUGUAGUCAGUGGCGAUGACUGACGUGAGCAUUCUUAAACAUGCAAUAAAAUGCUGGUUGUUCAA